AGCUGCGGGGACUUUUUUUUUUCCACCGCUCGGUGCUGAGCGGACUAACAGACGCCCCUCCUGUCUGCCCAGGUCGGGUAAAAAAAAAAAAAGGCGCAUGUGUGUUAUUGCUGUGAUGUGAGUUGAGCCGCAUCCAGACGCACUGGCCGCCGCUGGCUGAGCCUCCCCCCAUCCCUCCAUCACCUCUCUCUCUCUCUCUCUCUCUCUCUCUCUCUCUCUCUCUCUCAUCUUGGUGGUGUUGUGCGCAAAAUCUCCAGCGCCGGACGGACGGACGCAGUUUGACGGUACAAGCGAGCGGCUCUGCGGGGGGAUAGCCAAGAAAGAAAAAAAAAAAAAGCCAUAACAGACAUGGAUAUUUAACAGGCAUUUGAUUUUUUUUUUAUCUCUUUGCUUUUUUUAAGAAAGAAAAAAAAAACCUCUGUGAUGUUGCUUUUGCCCCGGGGGUGUUAAUUAAACCUGCUCGAUGUCUCUCAUCAGUUUAUAACCGAAACAAAAUGAGGAUUUCUUCUCGCGACUGGUUUCUGUUGAUAUUCUCUGGCUUUUGGGGACUGACAAUGGGUGCUUUCCCGAGCAGCGUUCAGAUCGGCGGUCUGUUCAUCAGAAACACUGAUCAGGAGUACACUGCCUUUCGGUUGGCAAUCUUCCUGCACAACACCAGCCCGAACGCCUCGGAAGCCCCGUUCAACCUGGUGCCUCAUGUGGACAACAUCGAGACGGCCAACAGCUUCGCCGUCACCAACGCCUUCUGUUCCCAGUACUCCCGUGGUGUCUUCGCCAUCUUCGGCCUGUACGACAAGCGUUCGGUCCACACGUUGACAUCCUUCUGCAGUGCCCUGCACAUCUCCCUCAUCACACCCAGUUUCCCCACCGAGGGUGAGAGCCAGUUCACUCUGCAGCUUCGGCCGUCCAUCCGGGGGGCUCUGCUGUCCCUCCUCGACCACUACGACUGGAACAAGUUUGUCUUCCUGUAUGACACCGACCGAGGAUAUGCCAUCCUGCAGGCCAUCAUGGAGAAGGCAGGACAAAACAACUGGCAGGUCAGCGCCAUCUGCGUGGAGAACUUCAAUGACGCCAGUUACAGACGACUGCUAGAGGAUCUGGAACGGAGACAGGAGAAGAAGUUUGUGAUCGACCUCGAGGCGGAGAGACUGCAGAACAUGCUGGAACAGAUUGUCAGUGUCGGGAAACAUGUCAAAGGCUACCAUUACAUCAUGGCCAACCUGGGUUUUAAGGACAUCAACCUGGAGCGCUUCAUGCAUGGUGGAGCCAACGUUACAGGCUUCCAGCUGGUCGACUUCAGCAACCCCAUGGUCAUCAAACUGAUGCAGCGCUGGAACAAGCUGGAUCAGAGGGAGUACCCAGGAUCGGACGCUCCACCUAAGUAUACCUCAGCGCUGACAUACGACGGGGUGAUGGUGAUGGCCGAGGCCUUCAGGAACCUGCGCAGGCAAAAGGUGGACAUUUCAAGACGGGGGAACGCUGGCGACUGUCUCGCCAAUCCUGCCGCCCCGUGGAACCAGGGCAUCGACAUGGAACGAACUCUCAAACAGGUCCAGUUGCAGGGAUUAACAGGUAAUGUCCAGUUUGACCACUAUGGCCGCAGGGUCAACUACACAAUGGACGUGUUUGAACUGAAGAAUAAUGGACCCAGACGGAUCGGAUACUGGAACGACGCAGACAAACUGGUGCUGAUCCAGGACUCUCCUCUGCUUCCAAAUGACACUUCUGGCAUGGAGAACCGCACUGUUGUAGUUACUACCAUCAUGCCCCUGAUGAGGAACCCCAUUUUAAGAAACUGAGCCCACAGUUGGACGCAAGCAGGAUUUGAAAGCCCUUAAUGGCAGAGUGAUGGACACAACAACACGAGCCAAAAUGAAGCCCUAAAGACUCUGGGCGAGAGGAGAGACACGGCACCUAUGUUAAUGGACACCCUGUUCAGAAAACUGAACAAGAAAUGGAGCCACUCGAGAGGAAAAUGAAAUGAAAAUGGAGGGAAAAAGACACUGUCUCUUUUAAGGACGGUGCUUGUGGAUGGACACCCAUUGAGACUAAAAAUGGGUCCCCAGCUCUUGACAGCACAGUGUCUGUUUACUAGCAUAAACAGGCUCCAGCUACACCUGUUUGUGUGUGUUAGACUCAUACAUUGUCAUGCCCGUUGUGUUUGUGUGGCCAGUCACAGCUUGAAACCCAUCCUGGUUUGAAUUUGUAAUUUUUUGCAAAGAUUUAUGGAGCCGAGAACUAUAAAGUGAGGCGUUACCACAAUGUGAAUAUACAUUAUGUCUAACUGAAUUCCUGCUUGCUGUAAAUCUGUCACUUUGUCCGACUACCUGCUCUACCGUAGAGUAUAUUACACACUCAGAGGGCUCCCUGUAAGCUUUAAAACAGCUUAGAAAGACUAAUGCUCUCAUAAUCAUCCCAGUUCAUAUCCAUAAUGCUUUUAUGCAGCAUGAUAUUAUAGUUACAUUGUGACGGCUGCCUUUCACUCCCACUUUUAAUGUUUGUAAGGGUGAUGUUUGUGUAGCAUAAACUUAAUGAAGUGUUAUAUUACAUUGAGGCUGCUCUGUGUCUUUUAAGGAGCAUUGAUAAAGGAGCAGUUCAACAUAACAAGAAAGUUGGUGGUGCCUGCACAGCAUUGAAAACGGUAUCAAUUCAAGAAAUGUAUUAUCCCGGGAUAAACCUCCUUGAGAUGUAUCAUCUCGUUUACAUGAGGGGGUCCUAAACAAUCACUUUCACAAAUACAAGACACAAAUAAACAACAAAGAAAAGAAAAGGAGAUUUUGUCAUGCGACAGUAGAAUAAAGUAAAUAUCAGCUCCUUUCCACUGCUGAAAGUUAACGAAACAUACCGCGGGGCUUCUCUUAACUUGGACUUUAAAGAACCCUGUGAGGCUUUUACACCAGAGAACAAAAUCAAAAGAAUUAGGAAUGAUAUUGUUCUUGAUUUUCCUUCACUUUUGUGUGUUUGUGUGAUGCGUUCAGACAGAGAAUCCAGGCCACAGCCAGGGCUCAGCCAGGACCAGGACAGUGUGUUUGUGUUGCCUUUACUACUCGGUUAUGUGUUGUAUCCUCAAUUCUGCCAGAUAUUCAGUUUGUUGUUGUCCUCCUUGUUUUGAUGUGACGACACACAAGUGUUCAGGCCAAGAGACCCAAACUCUACCCAUACCAGACACGACCUUAUCCGAGGCUUUAUGUUUGAUAUUUCUUUUUUGUGCUUACUUUCUCACAAAUAAAAACCUAAUCUGAUAAUUAGGUUAUAAUUAAGGUUAAAAGCAGAACAGAUUUUCAAUGGGAUGUGUCUGAAGGGGGGCUAGUAGUCAGAUAGUAGCUACUGCUGCUUGCUAGCUCUUUGAAAACAUUGCAUGGCUUACAGCUGCUACUGGAUAAGAUAAGAAAGUGUUUCAGAACGCUAAAUCUCUUUCUUUAGGUCUGUUUAAUUUUACUUCUGCACAUCUACACCCAUGUCAUGAUCUGCUAUGUCUGGUGGAUUUCAUUUAUAGCGUACAAUUAUUUUUCUUUGACUUUAACUUUGACAUCAAUAGACCUCUAUGAUGUCUCAGGACAUAGCCGCCUGAAGGUUGGUGCAUUAACAGUGAAGUUCCCAGACAAGGACAAAGUUUGAUUGUCAUCUUACUGGCAGAAUGAGGCUGAAAGCUUUUGAUGAAGUGUGUCUUGGAUCUAAACUCCUUCUUUGCACUUUAAACCUGGCGCGCUAUCAAUCUAGCAGAGGGCAAAAAGUACAGAGAGGGUGCUGCUUUAAUUAUGUUUCUGUUUAAUGCUUGUUCAAGGAAUUUUGAAGGAGGACGACACGUCGAGACUGUUUUAAAGUCCCUCCUGACGAUGCAGCUACAGCUGUUUUAGGGACACAUUGGGCCUCAUGCAAGAGCCUGUCAUAAAUAAAUAAAUUUGCUCUUAAGGGGCCCGUAGAAAUGAUUUAAGAGAAUUUGCCACAAUCACAGUUUCUUACUUUAAGCACAAAUAAAAAUAUUUUACAAAAAGUCCACAGAGGAGGGAAAACAUAAGAACAUAAUUACAAGCGGAAACCUCCAUGGCUGUGACAUGAAGUCAACGCACAAGUGCCAAAACUGCAGUUC